AUGUCGCCAUGCCCCCGCCGCAUCGUGCUCAACACCCUGGGAGCAGUCAUCGUCGUUUCCGUGUGUUUUUUCUGUAAGACGGUCGAGGACGCUGGCUUCAACAAGCUCCGCCCGAAGAAGCUGGCCUUGGCCACCCCUUCAAGCUCCGGCGCUGAUGCGGGUGGGGGAGGAGAUCGAGAGGGCAGCAGCAACAACAACAACGCCGAUGCCGCCGUCGACAACAUAGCGGCCGAUGCUGCCGUGGAGAGCUUAGCGCCGGACGGGGAGCAGCUGGUGUCGUUGAAGCCGGGUGACCACAUCGGACCCUAUCGCCUCCAGGAACACCUUGGUUACCUGGGCAGCCGGCCGGUACACGAAUACGACCCGGCCUUCCACCCCCACGCGGCCAAGCGUGUGGGGUUCUCACCUCGCGGCAUGCUCUCCCCUCCCCCCCGCCCCCCCGUCUGCCCCCCGACACGCCGGGGGGCGGCUUCGCGGCCGUCGAGUCGUCGGAACGGGGCUGAGGGGGGGGGUGAGGGGGGCGACGCGUUGGUAUUAAAGGGGGGGCCGGAGGAUAAUGCUGCUGAGGGGUCCUAUAGGCUCAAGAGGCGUUUUGAGGGUGGUAGCCACGGGGAGGUUUGGAGGGGGGUGCGGUUAGGCCCCGAUGGCAAGCCCUCCUUGGCGGACGGCUACGUUCUGAAGCGCAUGCUCCUGGAGAAGGGGCAGCACGUGCUGCAGGCCGGCAUAAGGGAGAUCUACUUCGGAGAACUCCUGCAGAGCCUGGGAGGGUCACCGCAGAUAGCAAGGGCCGGGGAGGAGGCGGCAGGGGCGGGGUGGGGGGUGGGGGGGCCAUGGGACGCGGGAGAAGCCGUACCGACGGAGAUGUGGCUGGUCUUCCGGGACGAAGGCACGUCCCUGCGGCACUACCUCUACACCGAGCGAGAGGCGGAGGGGUUCGUGCUCCACGGGCAGAGUUAUUUCUGGAGGGACAUGCGGCUUGACCCCGAGGGGCCCGAGGUGAUGAAGUCUAUCCUGCGGCAGACCUUGGAGGGCACCCGCUUCCUCCACGAGACGGGCGUCGUUCACAGGGACCUCAAGCCGUCCAACCUUAUUGUCUCCCUUCCACCGGUGGCGGCGGCGGCGGCGACGACGACAACGACGCGUCACGCGCCCCCCCCCGGCCCUAGGCCGGGAUCCGGCGACCCGACAGGGGACGGGAGGCGGACCGGCGGUAGUUUCGAGUCGGCAGACGUGGGUGGCGAGCACGAACAACGGUCCUCCUCCUCUACGUCGUCGUCUGCUAGGAGGACGCGGUUGUUGCUGAGGGUGGCGGACUUCUCGAGCGCGGUCGACGAGGGCGCCAUGCCGGCCGGGCUGUACGGGACCGAGGGCCCCGGUCAGUCGGAGGAGACGCUACAGUACGCUCCGCCGGAGGUGCUCUUUGACCCCGAGACGGCGUACUCUGCUCAGCGGCCGGAAUCGUACGACAUGUGGUCGAUCGGGGUGAUCCUCCUCGAGCUCAUCCUUGGCACACCAGAGGUGUUCACGGUGGACCAGCGCACCCGAGCGAUCCUGGACCGAGACCUGGCCUUCGAGGAUGACGAGGUCAGGGCCAAGGCUCUUUUUCUUGCGGUUAGGGGGGACAUGUGCAUCUACUCCGGACCCGGCAGCCACGACGGCGAAGGCAGCAGCUCACCCCUGGGGGACACAGCGGUAGUCAACGAGAGGUGUACGCUGGCCGACCUAGGGGGUGCGGUGCACACGCGAGAUGCGCUGGACAUUGGGUUUCCGGACCAGUGGGGGCUGGAUCUCCUGUGGCGUCUGCUGCGGUGGGACCCGAUGAGCCGCAUCUCUGCGUCCGACGCCCUGGAGCACGCCUACUUUGUCGGCCCUUACCGAAGCCGUCGGGACGGCACGUUGCACGCCACCCAGAGGAAUGCGAUGGAGUACGACGGGUGGUUCACGGGGUCCAAACGAAUCAACCCCACAGCAUUAGCCCCCCGGUCGCCGCCUUCCCCGUACGCCGCGGUCUGGGGAGCGGCGACACCGCCCGGCGGUGACGGUUUCGACGACAAGCGGCGGGGGGGGCUCGUCCCCUCUGCGGAGCCCCCACGAGCGGCGACGAGGGGGGAGGCGAACGGGUCGUUCACGUUGGACCAUCAGCACACGCUGAACCUGAGGUACACUUGUCCCAAGACCAUUGACCACGCGUCCUCGAGAGGACGGAGCAUUGUUCCCACAGGACCGAUCACCGAUGGCCAAUCGUUCCUUCCUACUUUGCCAAAGCUUCCGUUCCACCCUCACUCCGGGUGGUGUGACGUGCAGGGGCGACGGUCAAGGAUAAAGGACUACCAUUCCAUCCUGUUCCAGGAAGACUACAAGUUCUACGGCGUGUUCGACGGCCACUGCGGGACCCGCGCGGCAAAGUUCGCCUCCCGAGCCCUACACCUGAACCUCGAAGUCUUCCUCAACGCCCAAGAGGCAGCACAGCCGUCGUUACCACCGCAGCCACCGUCUCCCGACGACGACGCCCCCCCCGAAAAUAACGCCUCCAUAGAGCGCGCCGUUCGUAGGGCAUUCCGCAAGACUCAGGAGGAUUUUCUGGGCUUGGUUCACCCCGGCGGCGGGAGCGGGGCAACUCCUCGUCCCCCCCCCCCCUCCGAGGGGGCCCGCGAAACGGAAACGGGGGUACCUGCUGCGGCCGAGGGUGUGGCGGCGGCGGCGGCCGCGGCCGCGGUGUCGGAGGAUGACAGCGGUACGACGGCUACCGUUGCCCUUGUUUAUCCUGACGUCACUGUGGUCGCCCAUGUCGGGGAUUCGAGGGCGGUGCUGUGUUGCGACGACGCUGGCCGCGCCGUGGAGAUCACAGAAGACCACACGCCCUACAGCGCCAGCGAGCGCGCGCGCGUGGAGGCGAACGGGGGCUCCGUGGAGCACCGGGGGGUGCUGCGGGUCAACGGCGAGCUGGCGGUUACGAGGACGCUCGGAAACCGGCGGCUCAGCCGGGACGGCGUCCUCUCCUCCGAGCCCGACGUGGUGUUUGUGUCCCACGGUAACGGUAGCGACAACGACGACGACGCCGGCGGUGGCGGCGGUGGCGGCGGUAGCGGCGGUAGUGGCAGUGGCGGCAGCGGCAGCGGCAGCGGCGGCAAGAACACCGCCUUCUUGGUCCUGGCCUCCGACGGCCUGUGGGACGUGGUCUCGAGCCAGGAGGCAGUGGACAUGGUGAAGGAGGUCAUCCUCGGCUCCUCUCCGUCGCCGUUCCCCCCGUCCCACGCCCCCCAGGGAGCCUCCGCCGUUGUAGACGCCGCGGCGGGGGUGGGGGGCGGGGGGGCGCGGCCAGGGCCGGACGAAAAGCCGCGACGACGGGACGGCGGCGGGGGGGUGCCCCGCGGGUACGGGUCGUACGUGCCCGGGCAGACGUUCCAGGUGGCGGCUACGGCUCUCACCCACGAGGCUUAUGUCAGGGGCAGCACGGACAACAUCGGCGUCUGUGUGGUAGACCUUCGGCACCACUAAUAGAACGGCGUGUGGUUGGUCUUGGGCGCCACUAGCGUGUGGUUGGUCUUCGCGCCAGUAGUUGUUGACAUGGUAGUGAGUGGAUCCUUGAGGCGACUUCUCAUGCAAACUUCUUUUUGGCUGAAGGGACAGCUGACCAAAGACACGCGUGUCAACGCGUGGAUAAGAACAAUACUUGGUUUGUUAAUCUCACGAGAGAAAUCGUGCUGUGCGGUGGUUUAGAAGAAGGUUUUGUAGAGAGAGAAUGUCUUGCGUUUCGUUUUUUAUCUCGGCCCCGUCCGCGUGGCCGUGACGUGCUUCUUCGGCCCGUGGGUGGCUGUGUCUGUAAAUAUCUUCACCGGUGAUGGUUGCUGUUUUGGUGCUUGCGUGAUGGUGGGAAAGCCUAGUAUUUGUGUGUUGCGGCCAUGUUGUUGAUGUUGUUGUUGUUUCAUCUUCUUUGAGGGGGAUUAUUUCACCGCGUUAAGUCGUAUCUCUGACCCCGUUUUCGUGCGGCUUCGCCCUGCGUGCGAAGACCCUCAAUUUGUACAUUUUGGUUCGCAUGGCGUGAGGGUUACACCACGUUUCGCUCGCGAUGAAAACCCGCGGAAAUUCCGCGCGAAAUGCAUACAAGUAUGACGUUUCAAUCUCCACCGCGCAGUGUGUUUGGUAGGGGAUGAGAUGGGAGCAAAAAGAUAUGUUCGGUGCAAUAGCCACUCGUCUGUCUGCGCUGUGAAUCCUGAGGAGGGCGGUUGGAAGCGUGGAUUCAUGAUGUGUUUUGUGUCUGUUUUUGUAAGACAGCAACCCGAAACCACCUCCUGUCGCCACGCUCCGACCCUUGAAGAAAGGUCUCCAGUGUCCUAGACUAUAUCAUACAGUGUAUUGUUUUGUUUUGUGCCAGGAUGUUUGUGCACGCCAAGGUGUAGUCUAACCACGUGCGAUUUUUUUACUCUCUCUGCGGAAGUGCAAACGCGUGUAGUAUGCGUAAUAUGUGUCUGUGUCACACCGUUGUAGCUAGCUGUGCUCAAUACUACGUGGUAAGAUAGAGUCGUCCUAGCCUGCAACGGGACUGCAUUAUUGUCGCAGUUGCAACUUAUUUGUCUUUGUGCCUGGGUUGUGUUUUUAUUGCAUUGUUUUUACCGUACCUGCAGGGCACACACACGGAUACAGGAUAGGUUCAUGUUUCAUUUAAACGCUCGCCAGGCGAAUUACACCGUCAGAAAAACAUUAGCCUUAGGACUGACUUAGACCACUACUGGUUUGAUUUCGGCUGAUGAUUUCGAUUGCUAAAUGCUCAAGACUGCGAUUCUAAGAGUCUGAAUGCUCGUGAGGAAUAGGCGUUGUAGACUGCUGGUGUACGUGUUGCGUAGGGAUUAGGGUCCGUUUCUCCAUGAUAGAAACAAGAGUCGAAAAUUCAAUGUACGGUGGAACAACGG